AUGAACAUUAUGUUUUACUUCCUUCUUGCCUUAACCGCUGUUUUGCCUAUCACCGCAUACCCCGGCGAUCCAGUUCUCGACAUUAAUGGUGAUGCCAUACUCGGCGGCAGUUACUACAUUCUCCCCGCCAUCUCCGGCACUGGAGGUGGCGGCCUAUCUUUCGUCUCCCUUCCUAACAUGCAAUGUCCCAUCUUUAUCGGGCAGGAAACUUCAGAGGUCAACAGAGGCAUUCCCGUAAAAUUCUCAAACUGGAAGUCCAGAGUUGGAUUCGUUCCUGAAGCAGAGAGCCUCAACAUCCAGAUGGACGUCGCAGCUACGACCUGUGGCCAGUCAACUUACUGGUGGGUCAGUUCAACCUACCUGCGCGUUUUCACUUGUUACAUAAAGGCUGGUCCUAAGCCAGUACCUGGAGAAGAUUCAUCAAUGAGUUUCUUCAAGAUCAAGAAAAUUGGAGAGUUCCGUAACGGCUACAAAAUUACGUAUUGUUUUGAGGGCUAUGGUUGCCACGAUGUCGGGAUAGCUAGGGAUGGAUAUGGCGUUCGGCGUUUGGUUUUAGGUGACUAUAUGUCAUACCCGGUUGUGUUCAUGAAAGCUACUGAGACAGAGACGUCGUCCAAGACCAUGUCUAUUAUCUGAGAGAAACUUCAAUAUCAAGAAAAUAAGAGUUUAAACCUAAGACUAAUAAUAAAACUCUUGCCUGUGUGUUUACUUUUUACUUUUUUU